UGUAGGAUUAAAUAGACUGGAAACCACAAGGAUGAACCGACUGCUCCCAAAACAAUUCAAGAUGCUUCCAGGAACUUCUGGAACACCAAAAACAUUAUAAAACAUAGUGCUAAAAACAAGAAUCCUUGCAUCUCCCUAGGACACACGACUGAAAACCACAUGAUGAUAACAACCUGCUGGUAGAAAGUGGUAAAUUACCAAACCAGACUGAGUCUAAGACCACACCGUUGACAGGGGUGUAGAAUUAGUGACAGCUGAGCAAACUGACCUGGCCAUCCCCCAGCUGAGCUCCCACAUCUCCCCCUCACUUAACCUGCUCGUGUCCUCAAUCCUGGGUCAGUUAUUCAUUGCUUAAACCUCAGAAGAACACAGGGCCAGCUUCCAUACCACUGUUCCCCUAAGAUCCGCUCUUCAUGGGCCAUGGCUGUUCACAGACAAACAUCAAAGAUGGCACUGUACCUUGUUUGGACCCUGAUGGGCUUCAGUCUAAGUGCCCCUCCAGUUACUUUGGGCCCUGCAUCGUAUGACCUGGAGAAUUAUGAUGACUCAAACACGUGGGAUCUAAACACGUAUGGACUGACCUAUGAUUAUGAUGACCUGGAUGAAGAGACUGAGGUUGGGAGGCUGACUCCUCCUCCAGCAGUCACUAAGCCACCUGCUAUAGUUCCUCCAGAGGACUAUGUGGAGGAAGUGACACUGCCGCCCCGUCUGUCAGAGUCACCUGUCCCUUCCACUCUAGACAUCCAUAGACCUGGCCUGUUUGGGCCUGACACAGGCUUAGGCAUGCCCUCCUGCCUGCUGUGUGUGUGUAUCAGUGGCAGUGUGUACUGUGAUGACUCAGAUCUGACUCAGAUUCCCCCUCUCCCUAAAGAAACCACACACUUCUACGCUCGCUUCAACAAGAUCAUGGAGGUCAGGGCCACAGACUUCAUCAAUCUCAAUCAGCUAAAAAGGAUCGACCUGAGUGGAAACCAGAUAAGUAAAGUGAACGACGAUGCUUUUCGUUCAAUGCUUCAGCUUCAGGAUCUCAUAUUGGCUGAUAACAACAUCCAGGCCCUUCCAGAACUCCCAGCUACCCUCAAACACGUCGAUGUUCGCAAUAACCAGCUGAGGAGUUCAGGCAUACACGCAGAGACUUUUAUGAAGAUGAAGGAACUUCAGUUCCUGUACCUGUCAAACAACAAGUUAGACUACAUUCCCGUACCCCUCCCCGAGAGCCUACGAGUGCUCCACCUGCAGAACAACAAUAUACAGAGCAUAGGCCAAGAUACUUUCUGCAACACCCACGACAUAAACUACAUACGGAAAGCCCUGGAGGACAUCAGGCUUGACGGCAACCCUGUGGACAUCAAUAUUUACGCCCAUGCUUAUGUCUGCUUACCACGACUACCUAUAGGGACUCCAGUCUAGGACAGCGUCCCCCUAUUUUCUGCAGUUUGUGUGUGUAUGUGUGUAUUUUCUGAACUUCAAAACUCCUCUGUGACCACAGCAAAAUAAUUUGGAGCAAAAAGAUCAAAUACUUUAAAAUGUCACCAUAUCAAUAUCUAGGCAAUCAAUAUCUAUCUUUUGAAUUCCAAGUUAGUUCUUAUUUAGCCAGUCACACUAGGUAGGCAUUUAGUAACUUUGCACUCAUUACAGUCCAAGUACAAAAUGGCUCUGUUUCAAAAUCCAGUGAGCUACCAUAGGCAUAAUCCUAAGUGAAAAGGCAAAAUAAGUGACAAAUUUGAAACCAUCAUAGGCAGCAACACAGCAAAAACAGGAGACGCAACUCACAGACGAUUUUAACAGUGUUUGCAGUUAGCAUGUUGCUAAGGUAAUAAACUGUUAGUCAAAUAACCAUAUAAAUAAAUAGCACACACACAAAUAUGUGCUAAAAUGGUCAAUUCAUUAGUCAUGUAUAAAUCAGUUUAACUAUUUCAACCAACAUCAAACGUGCCUCUACCUACAAAACUCCAAAAACGUAGCUAUACAUACAAUUCAGUGCAGUUUCGCCGCACACCAGUACAAUAUAUACAACAACCAACAUUUUCAAAUUCACGUUCUUCUGUCAAAUAAAACUGAACACACUUUUAGCAGCACUCACUGGACAUUUCACUUGAAAAUUGUUGUGAAAUGUGCAACAGGCAAUAUAAUAUAAUUUCGCAGAAAUGUCACCACAGGCACAUUUUUGUAACAUUCUCUUUAUUGAAUGAAUUCAAAAAAAGUGUUUUUAUAAAUGACAAUUGUUUGGAUUCAACCACCAUUUGGGGGGCAUUGUUUCUCUAAUGGCAUUGCAAUAUAUUCUGGGAUUUCCUUCUGCAUGGAGUAUAUACUGUAUGUAAUGCUGCCUUACAAUUUGUUCAUAAGAAGGCAGCAUAAUCCUGCUAGCUACCUUUUGGAACACGCUUCAUGUUCUGAGCAUGGCUAUGAUGCCUUAAAACGUCUUUAUAGGCAGAUCACUAGGUUUUGGAACAGAGACAUUGAUUAGUCAUGACAAAGGAAGCCAGAGCAACAGUAUAGCGAACAACUACAGCUUCUUUUCAAUUUUCACCACAAUGUGGUGCCAUUCUCCAGUACUUUCCAUCUGCUGUAACAAAUUUCUGCAUUUCUAUAGACACUCAGCUCCAUCUGUCAGGUGUUUUUGUCAUUUAAUCUCAGAUUCAUGCUAAUGGUCUUUGAGAACGCACUGUUCUUUAUUAAUGAUGCUGCACGUUUGCUUGAUUUGCUCAAUCUCUGUUUCUCAUUCAACAGUUUUCAGGAUGCAAAUACAGUGACAACUCAGCUGCAUCUAUUUUUAAAUCAAUUCGUUCAUGUACCACUGCAGGUGGUUUCUUAGGUUACUUAGCAACUGUCAAAUAUUUAUAGUUUGACAUUUACCCAUGAGCACAAUGUAAAGAUACUCCUAGAUUAUUUGCACUGGAUGUUAAACUGCUGUAAAGACAUAACAAAUGUAAUCCCAUGAGAAUUAACAGGUUUUCACACACCAAAAUGUGUGAGCUCAUUCUUUCAGCUUUGAAGCUAUGACAUAAGCGCAAUGUCCAAUUGGACAAAGUGCCGCACAGGUCUUCACUGCAAACAUCCUACACAGAUCCAUUUAAUGCUACAUUUUGAAUGAAGCCCAGAUAUCUGUCCAAACAUUAAAUUAAACACAACAGCACAAAAUUACAGUUUGG